AGGCAAAGCUUCCAACACACAAUCCACAACACAGCUUGGGAACCGAAAAAGCUACAGAUCCAGCCACUCAGCCCAAGCUUGGGAGAGCCACCGGGAUUGCCUGGUUGCAAAGGGGAAGGGAAAAAAAAAAGAGGAAAACAACGUGAUCCGUGUUAAACAAAAGAAUUUGUGGACUAGGAGGCGGGAGGGUGACUACCUGCCGAAAGGGAACUUUCUUGAUAUCCAUGCAUAUAUAUAAACUUGGCUCUGCCUUUGAUGUUCUGCAACUGAUCACCGAUCAGAUUACGGGCAUUUCAUCUCGCUGUUCCUCUCCCUUUGAUCUGCAUGGUUAAUUUUAUUUUCCUGGAUUUGAAGUUUCGUCUGGGCUUGUGCUGACAUACAUUUUUGGGAAGGUAGAAGCAUUUGGCAUAGAAGUGCUGCCAAGGAGAAACUAAGCUGCUGAAAGGAAAACUCUUCGACAAUAAAUACAUGUAAUAAGAGCCAUGGCUUUAAAAGCGCUCCUGGAACAAGAGAAAGCCUUUCACACCAUUGUAGUUUUACUGGUCUACUUGGCAUGUGAAGUGAUUUGUGAAACUGGAGACUGUAGACAGCAAGAAUUCAGGGAUCGGUCUGGAAAUUGUGUUCUCUGCAAACAAUGUGGGCCAGGCAUGGAGUUGUCUAAGGAAUGCGGCUUUGGCUACGGGGAGGAUGCCCAGUGCAUGGCGUGCCGGCCGCACAGGUUCAAGGAGGACUGGGGUUUUCAGAAAUGCAAACCGUGCCUGGAGUGCGCCGCGGUGAACCGCUUCCAGAAGGCCAACUGUUCGGUCACCAGUGAUGCCAUCUGCGGGGACUGCUUACCAGGGUAUGUCGGGCCAUUUCUGUCCCUUGUAAUUAGGGAAUUCUUUUUCAACAGGCAUUUCCCUUGUUCCCUCCCAAAUGUGAAUGCACACCAACAGGAACCUGAACCCAUUUGUCAGGUGGUGGUGAUUUCCUCUGUGCCCAUCAGGGACUGUGCACUGUGACGGGCGCUGGUUACAAAUAAAAUGAA